GCGUCGAUACGUUGUGUCGAAUCGUAGUGCUGUGAAAACGGCAUCGGAGUUCAGGUGUAAAUCGUUGCAUCACUACCAGAUAGAGUUGCUAAUGGUAAAUAUUAAUGUCGAGUUUACAUAAGGUUAGCCAACACACCACUUUAAAUCAGUGCUCAGAAGCUUGAUAGCCAGCUUACCUUAGCAUCUCCAGUGUGCUAGUAGUGCUGCUAGAGAGCAGAUAUCGUUGAAGUUCCAGCAAUGUCAAUGUGGAAGGGACUGCACAUGACAGCGCGUGCCGCUCAUGGAAUUCAUGUUUCCUCGCGAUUUAUCCAUAAACACACGCAACUCUGCACCCUUUGGUCCCGAAACAUCAACACUGGUAGACCCGUGCAAAAUGAGUUCUUCAAAGGUGAGAUGAUCAACUUUUUUCACUUUUGCCUUUGUGUCCUACCUAGCUAGCUAAUUUGCCAAAGUAGUUUCCAUGACAUUUCAUAUUCCUCUAUAGAAAUUGAUGAUAAACUACUAUAUGCAUUUUGAUUGUUGACAUUUUGUGCCGUUUGCUGUAAUAAUAUACUUUUUGUUGACAUUGUGUUGAAAUGACUCCCUUACAUAAUUUUAGUAUGGUAACCUGUAUUUGAAAUUAGAUCUGAAAGGGAAAAAUAACUGUUGAAAUUCUUCUUGUAGUUGGUGUGAAUGCCAUGUAUUAUCAUCAAGUCCCUCUGCAGCCAGAUAUGAGAACUAAGUCACUUUAGUAGUUACAACCAGAUAACUAGAAUGACACAUUCAGAGUGCCUUAUAGUCCCGUGUAGCUCAGUUGGUAGAGCAUGGCGUUUGCAACGCCAGGGUUGUGGGUUCGUUUCCCACGGGGGACCAGUAUAAAAAAUUAAAUAAAAAAUGUGUGCACUCACUAACUGUAAGUCGCUCUGGAUAAGAGAGCCUGCUAAAUGACUAAAAUGUAAAAUGUCCUAAUAGAAAUAACAAUAACAAUCUAUUUCUCAACACAGAUCUGGAGAACCAGUUCAAAGCGUUCAGGGAGAAAGCGGCGGACGCCAUGCCUGGCAGUGACUGGACUCCGUUUGAGAAGAACCGCUCACUCCCCCCUGAGAGGGCGGACAUCGUGAUCGUAGGAGGUGGCGUGGUGGGCUGGUCCAUUGCCUAUUGGCUGAAGCAGAAAGAGAUGAUUCGGGACGGGGUGCGGGUGCUGGUGGUUGAGAAGGACCCCACUGUGAGUGGCCUAGGCUGUGUCACGUGACCUCACUCACGUCCUUACAUUUUACAUUUUAGUCAUUUAGCAGACGCUCUUAUCCAGAGCGACUUACAGUUAGUGAGUGCAUACAUUUUCAUACUGGCGUCCUCUGAAUACAUUUGAACCUCAAGCUAUGUCCCAAUAAUCUCUCCUGUCUCUGUGUGCACAUGUUCACUUCCCUUCACUGAUUUUAAAGGAAAUGACUGGUAUAAGAAAUAUGGUGGAAACUCCCAGUACCCAUGCCUCUAUCAAUCCAAUGCUUUUAGAUUUGUGGGAAGUAGUAAACGAGUGCAUAUUAUUGGGAUGCACCUCAGGCUUGGGGCUGUCCUAAUGGUCGCUGAAACGUUCCUUUCCAUAUCACCUUUCCUUGAUGACCAAGUAUAAACAAAGAGACUAGACUCUUAAGUCAUCUUAGAUCAGAUGCUAGUCAAAUCAUUUGAGACUGCUACACCAUCACAGAGUAGUGCACAGACUAAAUCUAUGUGCUAAUCUGUAUCUUCUAUCUCCCUGUCUAUCCAGUACUCCCAGGCCUCCACGGUGCUGUCUGCUGGGGGGAUUCGACAGCAGUUCUCCCUGCCAGAGAACAUCCACCUGUCCAUGGCCUCUGCUGACUUCAUGAGGAACAUCAAUGUAGGUCACUGACACUGUGACCACCAGCAAGUAUCAGCCAUUAAGUCACUGUGACCACCAGCUUGUGUCAGCUAUUAGGUCACUGUGACCUCUAGCUAGUGUCAGUCAUUAAGUCACUGUGACCACCAGCUAGUGUCAGGUUGUUUACUGUGACAUCUAGCUAGUGUCAGGUUGUUUACUGUGACAUCUAGCUAGUGUCAGGUUGUUUACUGUGACAUCUAGCUAGUGUCAGGUUGUUUACUGUGACAUCUAGCUAGUGUCAGGUUGUUUACUGUGACAUCUAGCUAGUGUCAGGUUGUUUACUGUGACAUCUAGCUAGUGUCAGGUUGUUUACUGUGACAUCUAGCUAGUGUCAGGUUGUUUACUGUGACAUCUAGCUAGUGUCAGGUUGUUUACUCAUAUAAUACAGUACUCAUAUAAUACAGUUGACCAUUUCCAUACACCACUUGAGUUGUCCACAUGAGGCAUUGGCAACCCUGUCAAUAUAUGGCCAAUCUGCAGUCAAAAUGUACUAUUUGUAUCUAUUAUGGGAUUCCCAUUAGCUGCUUCCUGAAUACACAAAAGUGUUUUUUGUUCUUCAUAAAAGGUUUGGGUUUUAAGCAUAAGGUUAGGGAUAGUUUUUAAAUAAUUUUUAGGGAGAUAGUGGUACUUCUGUCUUUGCAGCUUGGGACAAUAGUGACAACUAUCAAUUUGUUUAUGGCAUUCUAUAGCCCUGUUGAUUAAGUGUUUUUUGAUUGUUUGAGUGUAAAGUGAUUGACAGUUUGUUGUGCCUUCUCAGGAACACUUGAGUGUACUGAAUGAAGACCCCGUGGACCUGCAGUUCAACCACUCCGGAUAUCUCUUUCUGGCCAGUGAAAAAGUGGCUCAUAUCAUGGAAGAAAACUACAGCACCCAGAGGUGAACACUUGUACCCUACAUGCUACACUUACGCACCCUACACAAAAAUAUGCCAUCAUGCAAAUAUUUAAAUGGACCCUGAUGCCGUAAUUUGACAAUCGCUAUUCAUUUUAAUUCAAAAUCAGACAUGCUGGAGCAAAAGUCUCUCUUCUUUCACCCACACAACUGAAGGAGAAAUUUCCAUGGAUCAACACUGAUGGAGUAGUGCUGGCUUCAUAUGGUGAGUACAGAUCUUCUUUGUGACUUUGUUAUUGUUAUGAGUGACAGAAGACAAUAUAGUAUUACCUGAAACGCUUAAGGGGGCAUAAUCUGGGUCCAUGCAACAAUAAGACAAUGAAUAUUGUCUUCUUUAAAGCAAAUGUAGCAUAUGCAGUCUUUGGUACAUUGACUGAGAUCUGAGAUCCAAUAAGCAAUAUGUUCAACAUUUCUGAACAGUUGCAAUAUACACUCAGUGGCCAGUUUAUUAGGUACUAGGUACACCCAACUACUGGGUCGAACCCCCCUUUGCCUCCAGAACAGCCGAAAUUCUUCGGGGCAUGGAUUCUAGAAGGUGUCAGAAACGUUCAAACUUUGCUCAAUUGGUAUCAAGUGACCUAUCUUGUGCCAGGAAAACAUUCCCCACACCAUUACACCACCGCCACCAGCCUGUACCGUUGACACCAGACAGGAUGGGGCUCUGCCAUCAGCAUGACUCAACAGGAACCGGGAUUCGUCGGCCCAGGCAAUGUUUUUCCCACUCCUCAAUUGUCCAGUGUUAGUGAUCGCGUGCCCACUAGAGCCGCUUCUUCUUGUUUUUAGCUGAUAGGAGUUUAACAUUUUUACAUUUUAGUCAUUUAGCAGACGCUCUUAUCCAGAGCGACUUACAGUUAGUGAGUGCAUACAUUCUUUUUUCAUACUGGUCCCCCGUGGGAAACGAACCCACAACCCUGGCGUUGCAAACGCCAUGCUCUACCAACUGAGCUACACGGCCGGCCUCCUGGGCUUUUAACCCGGUGUGGUUGUCUGCUGCUAUAGCCCAUCUGUGACAAGGACCGAGAAGUUGUGCGUUCCGAGAUGUCAUUCUGCACACCACUGUUUUACUGCGCUGUUAUUUGCCUGUUAGCUUGCACAAUUCUUGCAUUCUCCUUCGACCUCUCUCAUCAACGAGCUGUUUUCGCCGACAGAACUGCCGCUUACUGGAUGUUUUUUGUUUGUCGCACCAUUCUCGGGAAACCCUAGACACUGUCGUGCGUGAAAAGCCCAGGAGGCCGGCCGUUUCUGAGAUACUGGAACCGGUGCGCCUGGCACCGACGAUCAUACCACGCUCAGGUCACUCGUUUUGCCCAUUCUAACGUUCAAUCGAACAGUAACUGAAUGCCUCUGUCUGCCUGCUUUAUAUAGCAAGCCACGGCCACGUGACUCACUGUCCUCACUGUCUGUAGGAGCGAACCAUUUUCGUGAACGGGGUGGUGUACCUAAUAAACUGGUCACUGAGUGUAUAGCCAGUGUGUUGUACGCCCUGUCUUCGUCAAUGUAUCUCUAAAUUCAGUACUGUUAGCCAGUUAAGCAUGCUUUCAGUGCAGCAGUCCAGACACAUGUCUGUCAAGUAAUUCACUGAUUAACCUUUUACACUCAUACCCGUAUACAGGUUGAAAAUUGCAGAUUGACACUGAUAAGUGCCUAAAUUUGAACGCAGUGGCUGUACAGUAACAUGCUAAACAUGAAGUCAGAGCUCAGGGUCUCUGCUUCACAGCUCUGUAUGGGUUUUGACUGACAGCCAUUCUGAACUUGAGCACCUCGCGCAACAAAAAGUUGCCCCCAUGCAAAUGUUUUGUCUGAGUGAGGAAAUGCUAUAAAUUACGAGGACUCUGUAUUUUGAAAGAUGAGACGUUGAGGAUUAUAUUAAAUACUGCUUUGAUGUCAUACAAGCAAGCCAAACACUGAGUCCAAAUGUGCACUUCACAUUGCCAUAUCAAAGAACUAAUUUACAGUGAGGGAAAAAAGUAUUUGAUCCCCUGCUGAUUUUGUACGUUUGCCCACUGACAAAGACAUGAUCAGUCUAUAAUUUUAAUGGUAGGUUUAUUUGAACAGUGAGAGACAGAAUAACAACAACAAAAUCCAGAAAAACACAUGUCAAAAAUGUUAUAAAUUGAUUUGCAUUUUAAUGAGGGAAAUAAGUAUUUGACCCCUCUGCAAAACAUGACUUAGUACUUGGUGGCAAAACCCUUGUUGGCAAUCACAGAGGUCAGACGUUUCUUGUAGUUGGCCACCAGGUUGGAUUUUGUCCCACUCCUCUUUGCAGAUAUUCUCCAAGUCAUUAAGGUUUCGAGGCUGACGUUUGUUCAACUCGAACCUUCAGCUCCCUCCACAGAUUUUCUAUGGGAUUAAGGUCUGGAGACUGGCUAGGCCACUCCAGGACCAUAAUGUGCUUCUUCUUGAGCCACUCCUUUGUUGCCUUGGCCGUGUGUUUUGGGUCAUUGUCAUGCUGGAAUACCCAUUUUCAAUGCCCUGGCUGAGGGAAGGAGGUUCUCACCCAAGAUUUGACGGUACAUGGCCCUGUCCAUCGUCCCUUUGAUGCAGUGAAGUUGUUCUGUCCCCUUAGCAGAAAAACACCCCCAAAGCAUAAUGUUUCCACCUCCAUGUUUGACGGUGGGGAUGGUGUUCUUGGGGUCAUAGGCAGCAUUCCUCCUCCUCCAAACACGGCGAGUUGAGUUGAUGCCAAAGAGCUCAAUUUUGGUCUCAUCUGACCACAACACUUUCACCCAGUUCUCCUCUGAAUCAUUCAGAUGUUCAUUGGCAAACUUCAGACGGGCAUGUAUAUGUGCUUUCUUGAGCAGGGGGACCUUGCGGGCGCUGCAGGAUUUCAGUCCUUCACUGCGUAGUGUGUUACCAAUUGUUUUCUUGGUGCCUAUGGUCCCAGCUGCCUUGAGAUCAUUGACAAGAUCCUCCCGUGUAGUUCUGGGCUGAUUCCUCACCGUUCUCAUGAUCAUUGCAACUCCGAGGUGAGAUCUUGCAUGGAGCCCCAGGCCGAGGGAGAUUGACAGUUAUUUUGUGUUUCUUCCAUUUGCGAAUAAUCACACCAAGUGUUGUCACCUUCUCACCAAGCUGCUUGGCGAUGGUCUUGUAGCCCAUUCCAGCCUUGUGUAGGUCUACAAUCUUGUCCCUGACAUCCUUGGAGAGCUCUUUAGUCUUGGCCAUGAUGGAGAGUUUGGAAUCUGAUUUGAUUGAUUGCUCUGUGGACAGGUGUCUUUUAUACAGGUAACAAGCUGAGAUUAGGAGCACUCCCUUUAAGAGUGUGCUCCUAAUCUCAGCUCGUUACCUGUAUAAAAGACACCUGGGAGCCAGAAAUCUUUCUGAUUGAGAGGGGGUCAAAUACUUAUUUCCCUCAUUAAAAUGCAAAUCUAUUUAUAACAUUUUUGACAUGCGUUAUUCUGUCUCUCACUGUUCAAAUAAACCUACCAUUAAAAUUAUAGACUGAUCAUGUCUUUGUCAGUGGGCAAACGUACAAAAUCAGCAGGGGAUGAAAUACUUUUUUCCCUCACUGUAAGAUAGUGUCAACGUUUAUGAUCACUAUGUUUGAUAUACAGUUACAAGAUGACAUGGCGUUAUACCCUGGGUUGUCCUGAACAUAAUGAGCCUGUGUUGUAUUGUGAAGAGAAUUUGCUGCGGACCACACAUCGGAAUGCACUCAUGACUCCUUUCUAUGCGCACCAAAAUUACUAUCUGCUUUUCUGAAUUGCCUUGUGAAAGCCUAACACGAAGAUUGUAUUUUAUAAUUUAGUUAGUCAUGUUGGAAAUAGAAGAAGCUUUCAAAUGAUGCCCAACUGAGCCAGAUUGUGAUUUAUAAUGGGCUGUUUUUGGAUUGCGUAAAAAAAUUAAAAUAAUAAUUGUAUAAAGGUGGGGAUGCAGGGUUGUGUUCCAAACAAAACAACUACAAGUGUGCUUGCUCUAGUUCCUCAACGGCAUAGCUAGUAGACAAAAAAAAAAAGACUCUACUUUGCAGCGAAAAGUACAGUAAAUGUAAAAUGCACAUCAUAUCAAGUGUAAUGUUUGGAUUCAGUCUUGUGUCAACUGUUGUCCUCACCUUUAGUGUAAUAAUUUUCCCAUAAUCUCCUAACUGUUCCCUUUUAAUUGCUAAUAUGGUUAUGCAUAUGCUUUCCAUAUUUCUUCUGCAAGAAACAUUUCAAUGUAGCCCUAUCCAUAUAGGCCAAUUCCCAUGAGUGUAAGGGGUUAGCUACUGGAACACUAGGGAGUAUGUCUUGCAUAACUUUUCCAGUAAUGUUGAUUGUUAUCAGUGGAACAAUAUAAUCCUGUUAGUGUUCUCACACACUGCUCGUGAAGAAAAGCAAUCCAUCAAUAAUUUGCAACCUGGCACAGACUCGCCCCAUGAUUUUGUUGGCUAGAACCAAUGAAAUGACUUCCUUUCUGGGUUAAGCAUAAACUGGCUCUCUUCUCCGAAGUGAUCUCUACUUUGACAAUGUCACCUCCUCCCUUUGCCCUUUUUGCCCCCAGGGCUGGAGAACGAGGGCUGGUUCGACCCCUGGAUGCUGUUGAACGCUUUCAGACGGAAGGCCAUCUCCAUGGGGGUCUACCAGUGCUUUGGAGAAGUCACAGGUUUGUGCUUGUGCCAAUGUCACAGCGUUGUGGAACAGACAAGCCAUGUACACACUACUGAGCCAAGCUAAACCAAUCUAACCGAGCUGUAUAUUGAUGAUUUUGGUGAUGCUGUGUUUCAGGUUUUAGGUAUACCACAAACACAAUGACUACUGCAGAAGGAGACAAGGUGGAUUUCAGGAGAAUUAAGUAUGCUAAUGUAAGUAUGACUCCUGAUUUGUGCAAGGAAAAUUUUCACUGAACAUUAACUCCAAUUCAGUUGCUGUGUUUACCUCGAUCUCCUGUGUUUUAGAGGGCAAACUAAUUUAGUGUGCAGACUCAUUCCUGAGUCAAGAUCAAAAGAUUUUAACACCCAGAUCAUCACUUGAGUUAAUCAACGCAGGGUUGAGAGAAACAGUUGAGUAGGGCAAAACAUUUUGCAACAGUAAACAUCAUCCCCCACGAAUGAUGCACCCCCCCCCCCCCCCUCUCUCUGGCAAGACGCAUCAUUCACCCAAGUUUCGCCAAAAUCGCCAGUGCUGUCUGAGGUCGCAUGUGACUAACGGACAGACGGAGACUGAACUACAGUCCCCUCCCCAAUUUCAUCAUAGGGGACAACAAUCUGUAUUUUACAGUAAUUUGGACAUGUUCAAGUAAUACCUCCCCAUUUCAAAAUGUUUGUCCCUACUGAACACGACCCAGCUCAAACAGUAGCUAGGAUCUCUCCACCAUUAUGGUCCAUUCCUAAGUACCUGUCCCUGGUGUCUUGAGUAGGUCCAGAUGCCCAACAGUCUGGAGUACCAGCCUGUGGAGUGUGCCAUCGUAGUGAACGCUGCAGGUGCCUACUCCAGUAAGGUGGCAGAGAUGAUGGGCAUCGGGUUCGGCCCGAAAGACACCAUCGCUGGCAUCCCGCUACCCGUGGAGCCCAGGAAAAGGUACGUUGAAUAGAGGAGCAUGAAUGGAUGUAGUUGGAACACAAAGGCUCCCCACCCCCCGAUGUACUGUAUCAUAACACUGAUGAUAUCACAAAUCACCGGCUACUUUGGGGGGAAAAAACUGUAUCAGGCCUCUGUAUAUUAUGUGUUUGUGGUACUGAUAUAUCAGUGUAUUUCUUGUGGGUCUUCGUCUAGGUUCAUCUAUGUGGUCCACUGUCCAAACGGGCCAGGGCUGGACACUCCCUUCCUCGUAGACUACUCUGGAGUGUACUUCAGACGAGAGGGGCUGGGAGGAAACUACAUUGCUGGGAUGUCACCAGAGGAGGUGAGGAAGAGGAUUGCCUUAUUCCUCUCUAACUAUUACAUUUUGAACCCUGAGUCAGCUGAUGAGGUCGCUCUUCCAAAAAUUAUCUAGAUUCUAUAUUAGGCUAACCUCAAAUAAUGGUUCAAUAAACAGCAUUCAGUAAGCUCAAAAAUGGGAGAAAACGCUUUGAGACAGAACAACCAAUUAGUUUUUGGUUGAGGGAUUUCUCCUUUCUCCCAUCUUUGCUCUACUGAACUCGCCCCAAAGGAGUCUGGGAAGUGGUGUUCAUUAUUUGCAACCCCUUCAGGAAGAGGAGCCAGAGACCAAUAACCUGGAGGUGGACCACGAGUUCUUCCAGGAGAAGAUCUGGCCCCAUUUGGCCCACCGGGUCCCUGCCUUUGAGUGCCUCAAGGUAAAUUGAUGUACCAUUGCAACCACAGAAUUACAUAGUAAAAUGGGUCUUAAUAGUUCCAACCUUCCUCGCCUCUGAAAACUGGGUUGUGUUCAGUAGGCACCAAAUGUUAGAAACAGGGCGGUUCCAUCCGUAUGCUCUAAUGAACGUUCCCUUUUCCGAGGGAAAGUCAGUACAGUUGAUAAAUCUAUUGCUACUGUUUCUGCUUCUGUCCUUUGUGCUGCUUUCAAAUUAGCUCCAUAUCUUUGCCGAUAACUUCUGUCCCUCCUAUUUUAACACCGUCUCUCUUCACUCCUUUCAGGUGACGAGCGCAUGGGCCGGCUUCUAUGACUACAACACAUUUGACCAGAACGGCAUUGUGGGCAUGCACCCGCUGGUCAACAACAUGUUCUUCGCCACAGGCUUCAGCGGGCACGGGCUGCAGCACUCGCCGGCAGUGGGGCGCGCCAUGGCCGAACUCAUCCUGGACGGGGGCUUCAAGACCCUGGACCUGAGCGCCCUCAGCUUCAAACGCAUCAUGACCAAGGAACCCAUGUUAGAGCGGAACAUUGUCUAAGAGGGAGAGGAUGAGUUGGACAUUUUGGCGAAGGGAGAAAAGAGGAAUGCCUUGUCCCAUUCUACAGUCUUGCGGUAUAUGGUCUCGAAAUGUGAGUUUGCACAAGUUUCUGGUAAGGUGAAUGGUGUCCUAUUCAUUUCUUCACUAAAGUGCAUGAGGGAACGACCGCACAAUUCACAAGCUCAAUUCAGUGGUCUACCGGUGAGACCACAUAGCAACGGCCUCAGCCAAAGUGCUUUGUACUUAGAAACAGUCACCCAUAGCUUGGGAGUGCUCAGAACUCUGACCGCAAGAAUGGAAAAAAUGGGAUGAGGCAGAAACGCAUCUCAGGAAGGAGUGAGGGACUUUGUGGGAUGAGGAAGAGAAGAAAGGGGGUAGAAGAGAGCCCUGACAGCAAACAUGGACUUCUGAAGUUGCCACUGAAUUUAAGAUGCCCAAUAUCUAACAUACUGUACAGAAUAAUAUAUGGUACAGACAUACAAUGUGUUGUCGCAAUUAGAAAGUCUUUGUUGGAUAUUGGAGUAAAUUCCAUUCCUCCAAUGGUAAACCUGUAUUGUAUGGCUUGAUUAUGCAUCUAUAGAUAAAACAUUCAGGAUAUGUUUUGUAUGAAUAAUAUAGCUGGGGCGAACAGGAGCUAGGCCUACC